AUGGAUCAGCAACUCUUCACAAAACUGCUCUUCUGUUUCCUCACCAUAUUCAAACUCUGCAUUGCUGCACAAUCUGAUCACACACUCUCUCCAAACCAAACUCUUGUCGAUGGUCAGCUUUUAAUCUCUUCCUCCAAAAUAUUCGAGCUCGGAUUCUCUUCUCCAGCCAACAACACCCGAAGAUUCCUCGUAAUCCGCUACCGGAACACCCCGGACGUGUUCGUGUGGCUCGCCAACCGAGAAACACCGCUCACUGGCCGACAAGGACGCCUCACUCUAACCAACAACGGAAGCCUAAUCCUCACUUCACCACACCUCACAACAACCUUAUGGAUUCCGAGUUCUGAUGCUACUGUAUCAUCUCCAACUCUCCAGCUUCUGGACUCUGGCAACCUCGUCCUCACAGGGGACAAACAGGGGACUUAUCUAUGGCAGAGCUUCGACUACCCGUGCAACACGCGCCUGCCUGGCAUGACGAUGACUGUCGAUCGCGCUAAAUAUCUGACGUCGUGGAGAAGUUCUAACGAUCCGUUUCCUGGUGAGUACAGUUACGGGAUCAGCAACGAGGGAUUGUCUCAAAUCGUCGUCGCUAAGGGGAAGAAGAAGACAUACAGAACCGUGUUUUGGAAUAACGAAUUCGUCGGUUUUCCGAAUUUAGGAGAGAGGGCUUGGAUGACCGAGGCAACGUCGAGGAAGGGGAGAUUGGUCUCGGUGACUAAUCCCAUUGACGAUCCAGGGAUCACGAGGAUCACGUUGAAUCCAGGGGGCAUGGUCGAGCGAUUCAUGAUGAAUGAGAGGAGAGAUGGCUGGACCUCCAUGCUUGCUUCCCCGCGGGAUUCGUGUGAGGUCUAUGGGAAGUGUGGUGGCAACGGUAUCUGCAAGGUCUACAUGACCCCGAUAUGUGAGUGUCUGAAGGGAUUCAGGCCGAGGGCCGAGACGGAGUGA